AUGGGGCCAACAGUAGCUACUUUCUACAAAUUUUGGAAUUUUAUGGAUCCACGCUUGAAAAAAAAGCGUGACGAGAAUUCUCAACCCGAGAUGUUAGAAGGUGCAAAAUCAAUGGGUGCCGGAGCUGCUACAAUUGCUUCAGCGGGAGCUGCUGUCGGUAUUGGAAACGUAUUCAGUUCUUUGAUCCAUUCCGUGGCGCGAAAUCCAUCAUUGGCUAAACAAUUAUUUGGUUAUGCCAUUUUGGGCUUUGCUCUAACCGAAGCUAUUGCAUCGUUUGCCCCAAUGAUGGCCUGCGUAUUUUCUUUAUAUUUAAGGGUUUAA